AUGGGUAACAACACAAAAGUGCUGACAGCGCUAUUAUCCCUUUUGCUCUCGGUGGUGCUCGCACAGUUCGAGCCGCCCGUCGGCGGAGGACCGCCCGGAAAGCCGUGCGGCUCGUCGUUCCACUGCUGGAGGACCGAGCCGAUCAACGUAUUUGGAGAGCCCGCCGCGUUGCAAGGUGAGCGGAAAGAGGCAGAAGAAGGCGACUCGCUUGAUUAGCUCUGACAAAGAACAUGAGAUGAGAAUAGAACAAAGGGAUGACAUUUCUGCGCGAAAUGAGGUCAAAGUUUCUAUCUAUUUCAGAUGGCUGAAAGAUACGUCAACGCCGAGAUCGAUAAUAAUAUUCGUAUUCAGGCAACCGUCGGAAACGCCUCGAAAUCGGAAGCUCGGCGUCGAAAGGCGGACGAUGUCGGUGCAUUGAGGGCGCGUGUGCUCAAUUCCAGCAGAGAUCGCAGUCGUUCCUGCCGUGCGAAGAGUUCUGA